ACGGCAAGGAGCCGUGACAGGACACCGGCCAGAGAGAGAAGAGUUUGGCCGCGAAAAAAAGAAAGAAAAAAGAAAAGCGAGAAGGAGGCGCCUCUCGCGUUGAAGUUGAGCCGCUUUUAGAUGGAUUCUUCAUGUUUGCUCCAGCCUCAGGGGAGUCAGCCUGCGAGUCACCGUGACAGUAAGGUGUAAAACAUGACACAUCGCAGCGUAUGGAUUGCCAAACCCAUGAGUUGCACGCAGCGUGGAAGAAGAAGCGGCUCUCCCGUCCUCUCCGGUGCGCACUGGGAGCGGAAGGUUGCGCACAGGACAGCUGGUGGGACCAGAUGGAGGGUUCGGAGGAAGGAUAGACAGGAGAUUACCUCUGUAAUGUCAGCAAGGGCCAAGGUGCUGCUCUGGGUGCUCCUCUCUCUGCUGCCUCUAGCGGAAGGAGCUCAUGUGAAGGCUGGUGCUGCUGGUGUGGGAUCAGACUCAGGCCACGCUGUGGGCCUGCUGGGAGGCCAGGAGGAGCGAGAGCUUCCUGUGACGUUGCCAGAGGUGGUGGAGGACGAGGAGCAGGAAGACGACAGCGACCCUUACUCUACUUGGCAUGCUCUAUAUGACCCGUUUGUAAUGGACGAGGUGGAUGACCAUCCCAGUAGUCGCUGGGCGGGGCGCUCUCCGCGCUCCUCUGACCCCACGGAACCUCAACCCAAGGGAUCACAGAAGAAAAAGAAGAAGAGGAAGAGGAAAGAAAAGGAGGAAGAGGAAGAGACAGGAAAAAGAGAUAAAAAGGGUAAAGGUAAAAACAGGCGGCCAAAGCAGAGCAGCAGGGACUGCCGUGUAGAGAAGAGAGAGAUGAGGGUUCGGGACCUGGGCCUGGGGUUUGACUCGGAUGAGAUUGUCCUCUUUAAGUUUUGCGUGGGCUCCUGCCAGUCUUCAAGAACAAAUUACGACCUGGCGCUGAAGACGCUGCUGGAAAAUGGGUCGCUGCCUCGGCGCAAGGUCAGCAGCCACCCCUGCUGCCGGCCCGACCGGUACGAGUCGGUUUCCUUCAUGGACGCCCAGACCACGUGGAGGACCAUCCAGUCAUUAUCUGCCGCCAGCUGCAUGUGUAUGGGCUGAAGAGAUGAGCGAGGGAGAGGGUGGUGAGAGCGGGUGUCACCCAUCCUGAAGAGAGAGGAGUUGGGAGGCCUGGAUGUAGGAAACAGCCAGAGGGGGGCGCUGUCAUAUACACAGAGCAGAGGAAGGGAUGAAGGCCACUUUUUGGCUUCCUGUGGUGCAGUUCCAGUCGAGGAGGAAGAGGUCUGGGUGCAGCUGGACGAUAGGAAGCGAAGGUCAAAGUCAGAGACUGAGGGGGAGGUCAUCAGGGAAUCACAGUCUGGAUUUACAGUUGCAUCAUCAAAAGGAUGAAUUGUUUCCAAAUGAAUAACUGGCAACUAAUGCAGGAUACAGCCGAGCAGUUAUUAGUCAUAGAGGAGACUCUUUAUGUGAACGUGACUGUUUUGAUUUGACAUGGGCGAGACCUGAAGGCUGGAGCUCAACAGAUAGACACAAAAGAAAAGACACAGUUAAAGGACUGACGCUGUGUUUAUACUCUGAUUCCAACUAAAGAGACUCGUAUGAUGUUCACUGUUACUCACGGUGAAGCCAGCUCCUAACAGAAGUUCAAGAUCAUUGUUUUCACACACAGACAAACAGGGACAUUACAUCGUAUCAUUUCUAUGUUCAGGUGAACUCAGCCAAAUGGAUGCCAUGCAUCUUCAUGUAUUACUGUAUAAAAGUAAAAUAUAUUUAUUUCUGAUAAAUUAUUUAUUUAUUAUAGCUUCAUAUGAGAGCUGUUUUUAUGAACUAUAUAUUGUAGAUAAAUAUCUAUUUAUUGCCAGAUUCAGAUUUCAUGUUGGCAGUUACUUCUGCUCGCAUACAGUACAUUCAUUUUGUUUUUUUAAAGGUGCUGAUUUUUCACAUUUAUUAAACGCCUCAAGAACCUGAUCUGAUCAGCUGAUUCUAUCGCUUGGAUGCAAUUUACAUUUCUGAAAUUAGUUGAGUGAUUUUUAUAAAUCAGCGACAUUAUCCAGAAGCAAGGAUAUUCCCUUACAUUUCAUCCCAGGGAGACAAUUUAAAAAUCGUUAUAACUGACAUCAGAAACAAAUUGACCCACAUACUUGAGAGCUAGUUUUGUGGUGCACUCUGGGUAAUGAUAUCAGCUUUUCCACAGCAUAAAGGAAAUUCAGUUUUACAUGUAGAAUGUAUGUACAGCAAACAAGUGAAACAUUUAUACUACAGGACCUCAACAUUUCUCUUUUUAAACUGGUCGAGUAAUUAAAUUCUGUAUGUCUCAUUAUUAUUAUUAUUAUUAUUAUUAUUAUUAUAAAGCUUCUUUUAUUUUUGUAUGGUAUUAU